GCGAUUUUUUAAGCGAUACAAAUAAAAAAAAGAUAAAAAAUGAGAAUUUUAUUGUAUGUCAGAAUUUUUUUUGUAUAUUGUAUUUUUUGUAUUUGCCAUGUUUUAUUUUGUGCCGCCAUACUUACUCGUGUAACUACUCAUGUAACAGUCUUUAAAUAGGGAAAACAUGGUAGUGUUUGGUGGCUUCUAAAUUCAUCCCUGUUUGGAUCCUAAGGAAUGAAUGGGGCUAGGCUAAAUGCUAACACAUUUAGGACGCGCUGUACAAAGAUUAAGUGCACGCAUUGAAAAAAGAUAGGUAUGUAUUAUUUCGUCUAAGUUGAGGUAAGAACAUAGUAAAAUAUUGAAAAACUGUGUUGUUUUCCUUUAAUAAUUAUACUUAAGUGGGAUGUAUGUUGGCGGCUGAUUUUUUCUUGCAAACACGUGCUCCCAAUCUAAUUCUGAUGACAAUCCUAUUUAAUCUUACAGGUUUAUACUGCAGUGACUGGUUUUUAGGUGGAUGGUUUGUUCCCAUUGGCAGAUGGCAUGCUAAAGCCAAAUGCAUUAUGGGAAACUGCACUCUCAUCGUAUUGGUCUGUUAAGACCCCCAGUAAAACCCAUGCCCUGGUUAAAGACAUCCCUGUGGAUAAGGCAAUGGGAAAUUUGCCAAAACAUAAAUUAUUUUGAACCAGCUCAUUGAUUGACAUUCGAAAACUUUGUGAGGAGUUUGGAGGUUUUGGUGACCUAUCAUCAGUGACUUUGGGCAAUGCCUCUGCAGAAAGAGAUCUUACAGGAGGUUUGGACAGCAGAUGUCCUUCAUAAUGAUUACUUUGAAAGGUCGAUACAGCUCGUGCAGAAGCCAAAAAAGAAGCCAGAGGUGGAUUCUGGAAAGGACAGUGGAUCCGAUGCAAAACCAAAAACAAGCAAAACUAAAAAAACUAAAGAGCUGUCAGGCGAGGAGGAGAUUACACGCUCCAAAAAAGACAGCACAACAGCAAAGAAAAAGAAAUCUGAGAGGAACAAAGACGACGCAGAAGAAAAAAACACUAGAAAGAAGCCAAAAAGUAGCUCUAAAAAGAAGAAAGAUUGUGAUGAUGAAGAUGAGGAUGAUGAGGAGACCCCACAGAAGACCACAAAGAAAAAAUCCACCAAAGAGAUCCCUCCUGCUGGCACCAAAGAAAAGAAAUCAAAAACUAAAGAGGUUAUAAGUGAAUCAGACAGCAAAGGAAAGACAGCUAAGCCUAAAAAGGAACCAGCUUCUAUGUUUCAGAUAAACGGAGAUAAACCAGACUUCAUCGCAAAAAAGAAAGCCUCCAAGUCUGAGAGUGAAGAGAGUGAACCAGAGACCAAAACCAGCAAGAACAACAAGAAAAUGACAGCCAACGCUGCCUCCAUGUUUCAGACUGGAGGGGAGAAAGAAAAAGACAAGAAAAAAGACAAGAAUAGCAGUAACAAGGAAAAAGAGAAGAAUAACAAGAAAAAACCCAAAUCUGAUGAAAGUGAAGAAGAGAAUUCAGAUGUGACCAAAAAGAAAAAAGGCAAAGGAAAGAAAAAUAAAAAGGAGCAGAGGCCUCCAUCUCCAGAGAUUGAGUUUGAUGACCUUGAGGAGUUUGUUCUUCAACCUGCACCUCAAGGUAUCACCAUCAAGUGCAAAGUGACGCGAGACAAGCGGGGCAUGGACAGAGGCUUCUACCCCACCUACUACCUUCAUUUGGACAAUGACAAAAAGGUCUUUCUAUUGGCUGGUCGAAAAAGAAAGAAGUGUGCAACGUCAAAUUAUCUGAUCUCCAUAGAUGCCACCGACCUGUCGAGGGGUGGUGAUAAUUUUAUUGGAAAGUUAAGGUCGAAUCUCAUGGGUACCAAGUUCACAGUGUUUGACAACGGUCUCAACCCUGAACGUGCCCUCAGGGACAUGUCCAAUGCUCGGCAAGAGCUAGCUGCUAUUAUUUAUGAAACAAAUGUCUUGGGGUUUAAAGGGCCCAGAAAAAUGACUGUGAUUAUACCAGGUAUGGAUGAAGACAACGAACGUGUGCCGAUACGUCCACAAACGGAAAAUGACAACCUGCUUGCGUGCUACCACAAUAGACAGAUGGACAACCUGAUUGAACUUCACAACAAAACUCCUGUUUGGAAUGAUGACACCGCCUCGUAUGUGCUCAACUUCUCUGGUCGGGUCACGCAGGCCUCUGUCAAAAACUUUCAGAUCGUCCACACCAAAGACAGUAGCUACAUUGUGAUGCAGUUUGGAAGAGUAGCAGAUGAUGUGUUUACUCUGGACUAUAAGUACCCCAUGUGUGCAAUACAGGCCUUUGCUAUCGCCCUCUCCAGCUUUGAUAGCAAACUGGCGUGCGAAUGAAAACAAAGCACAAAGUCCCAUCAAUGCACAAUAACCUCAUCAUUGGGAUACAAGAUGAUAUAAAUCCAUUACAAUUAUUUGCAGACAUUGGGACAUUUUUAUGACUUUCAGUGUGCCUGAAUGAGAUUGGGACUCCAAUGAGGUUGAUACAGAAGUGUGUGCAUUUAAUGUGAUGCUUUUAUUCAGGAUUAAUGCAGGCUUCAUUCAUUGUGUGUUUAAAUGUUCUGUAUGUUUGUGUGGGUGAUUCUCACAAAAACUUGGUUUUAAAAAUGUCAAGCAUGAAAAUGUAAAAAUUGCUUAAAUUUACUUUUUUUCCCACCAGACAUUGAAAAACAAAGUCUGGAGUAAAUGGGAACAUUAAUUUAAAAACUUUUACUUAUCAUUUAACACUUUUUGUAACAUAAUUAAAAAAAUUAGUCCUAAAAAAUCUCAUUACCGCAACAGUCAGAAAACAUCAACACUGACAUAUUUUCAAAAUGACAUGACAAACCUGAAAGAACAUAAUUUGGAGAUUCUGCACAUGCAUUUAAAAUCAAAGUAUAAUGCUUCUAUUAAUUAAAUUAACAUUUAAUAAGCAUCUGUUGCGGUAAUGAUAAUCAAAAUGUCGUGUAAGCAUUCUGACAAGACAAUAUUUCAAAUUAACUGUAAAAAAAUGAUCUUACCUGGUAGCCAUCUUGAAGUAACUGGUCCAUGUGCUUGGUCACUCAAAAUCAAACUUUAUUAAAAUUCUGUAUGUGUGCUUAAACUGUUCUCAAAAAGUGUUGCGGAGGAUGAGAACAUCAGGCAUGGACACAUAAUUUUCCUAAUUUUUCUUCAUUAUUAUUAUUAUACAUGAAUAUUCAGUAAAUAUUUUUUCUGUCAUCUAAAGUAGUCUAGCAAAACAUCCAUUUAUUUUUUUUCUUAAUAUUUUUGUGUUAAUUUUAUUAAACUACAACAUAACGCAUGUUCAAACACAGCCGGACACAUUGCGGUAAUGAGAAUUUCAGCAGAAAAUGAGAUAAAAUUUACAAUUAUAAAUUCUUAUGUUGAAAUCACACAUUGUGCAAGGUAGAAAACAGUAUUGUGUUAAUUCUGAUGCUUUUUAAUGUUACUAUAUUACACAUUUUAAAGCUAAAAUCAUUAGUGCCGUGGUGUUUCAAUGGUUUCGUGAGAAUCACCCGUGCAGAUUUAUUGUUGAUGUCUAAGAAUAAAUGCUAUGUUUUAUAUUUAUUUCAGAAGCCUAAGAUGUAAGACCUGAUGCAUGAAUGUGCAUUUAAAGCUUUUAUUUAGGCUUUAGGCAUUAGGCUAGCUUUAUGCAAAUAUUAGAUAAUAGCUCAAAUGUUUGGGCAUUUUCAUUGUUUUUUAUUUUUGUUUUUUAUAUAUUUUUUGUGCAUGCCAUGUUUUUAAGUGAUUUCCAUUCAUUCUCCAAACCCGCCUGUCCUCUGACAUCAGAAAAUCAAAUGUUGAUGACUUUAUUUUGUUUAUAAGAAUGCAUAUGAUUUAGGUUAAAAGGUUAUCAGACACUGUUAAAAAUAGAACUGUUACAAAUUUAGCUCAUUGACCUUUACCUUUCCAAUUAAACAACUUUAAUAUUGUUUAAUGUCUUCAUAAUGUAAUCAUAAUAUGAGCUUAAAAAACGUGCAAUGAAUGAUAACCAGUAAAGGCACCUAAAUCAAAUACUGUAGAAGCCUAAAAUGUCCUUAGGGUGGCGCUGUUUCAACAAAGCUUUAAAGGUCUUCUCACCUGUUUGAAUGUGCUAGUUUGAGCUGCCUCCUCUGUUUUAUUAAUCAUUGUAUAACUACUAGUGCUAGUUUUGAUUACUGUGGGGUUAUCUCCAUCUUCACCCAAAAAACUGCAUGAUUACACAUCAUGAUCAAAGAAUUCGGCAACCCUUACUGCGGUACAUUAUAGCUGUGGUUCUCAAACUGGGGGCCCGCAAGAUGGUGCAGGGGGGCCCCAGUUUUGUGAGAUUUUAUAAAAUACUUCAUAAUUUCUGUGUAAUUAGAGACAAAUAAGAAAAAAGGGCUACUAACCAACAGCAAUAUGUUCAAAUUACAUUCAAAUGUCAAGUUUUAUGUCAAAAAUGUUCUUUAGGAGGCCCACAGAGCGAUGCCAAAAAAGUUUGAGAACCACUGCAUUAUAGGAUGAUAUUAUAUAAUAUGAUAAUAAUGAUAAUAUAUAAGGAGCAAUUUCAGGACAGAACCAAUGCUUGACCAAUGUUGGAUGAGGUGGGAGUUGGGGGGGGGGGCAUUGUGAAACUUGUUUGGAGACAGUUGCUGUGUCUGAAAUUGUUUACUCAUUCGCACAUUCCCUGUAUAGCAUAUGACAUGAGUCCAUGCAAUCAAGCGUUGAUGUAAAUAUCAUGUGGCAAAUAUUGCAGACAAACAUUAACCUUAUUUACAUCUGUGUGAUAAAUAAUAUUUGUGUGGCUUUACGCAGUGCUGUAAAGUAAAACGAUAAAGUUCAUUUUCUCAAUGUU